GAUGGAAGGAUAGAUAUGGCCAACAGUUUUAACAAUUUGCAUUUAAAGAAACGAAUAGUCUAUACGAUUAUAGAUAAGGCCAAUAAGCCAAUCUACGAGCUCGAGCUCCUAACAAUGGCAUCCAAUCCACUGAAGCUCCUCCACAAACCCGCCAUUCUCGAAUUCCGUACUUCUUUCCCAAAGCCGGCGACUUUUAUUCUCCAACCCCUGUCCAAAACCAUCUCCAUCUGCUCUCUUUCCCCUCCUACCUCAAGAGAAGAAGCCGUCUCUCAAGCCAAGUCCUGCCUCUCGUCUUCUCUCCAAAAACCACUUAAUAACUCUCAUAUCCUUCCCACCAGCAAGCUCAAGAAGCAGCGCCAACCCCGUUUCCGCGUCGAAAUCCCCAUAGCAGACGACGAUUCCCCUUCCUCACUCGCUUCUCUAGCUGCCGAUCUCUUCUCUUCCUUGCCCAUCACCAAGAAAGGCUCAAGUCCCAAUCUUUUGCUCUUCUGGUCUUCCUCCGCUCUUCUAGACCCUGCUCGUCGAGCUUUCACCUCUUCAAAUUCCAUAUUCCACUUUGAUAUUGCUUCCUUCAGCAAUGAAUUACUGAACUCUGCUGAUUUGGCUGUAUUCUUGGCGCCGGAAGCUUCAAUGUUGGAGCAGAUUAGAGUGAUCACCAACUCUUUGAGCCCAAAACCGGCGGUGUUGUUUAACCCUAAGUGGAGUUUUGAAGAGGAGAAGGGCUUUGAUGGUCAGCUGGGGAGAUUCGUUGGGUCUUUCGAUGUGGUUUACUCUUUCAUGGGGUUGGAGGUGAGAGGACUGUUGAGUAGGAGAAAGGCUGUUGUUUUCAAGUGGGUGAGGGAUGGGGUUAUGAGUGGGGAUGGAUGGGUGGUUAUGGUGGAGGAUGAAGGGAAUCAGAAGGGGGAUUUGCAGGUGGUUUCGAGGUUCAAGAGGCGGCCAGAAAUUGGUGAGGUGGAGAAUGUUAUGUAUAAUUUGAUGGCCGCGAAUUCACCUGUCACCAAAUCGGUGAAGUUUUUCAGAGAUUUGGCUUCUAAUAUCACGGGGAAGAAGAAAGAAUGAUGGUGUGAGUUUUUUCUCUUUCAAACUUGUGAAUUUAUUGGCUUAUAAUUGUUGAGAGAACUGACUGACUUGUUUAGUUGUUUGGUCCUUUAAAGGCUUUUAUCAUCAUGAAUCAGAAUCUAUUAGAGGAAAUAUAUCAUUCAGUUUCUCACUUUGGAAUUAUUUGAUUUCCCAAUAUAGUUUUCCACCUACAUUUUGGUGAUUGUUUGUAAAUGAAGGGUAACCCGCCUUGUGUAUUUUUAUUUUUUUGUGUUAUGGGAAACUAAAUAUUUUAUUUUUGUAUUGACCUAUGAUGGAAAACAACUAAUGAUUAUGGUGGUUUCGGUGCU